AUGGUUGAGCAAUAUCAAACUUUUUGCAGAAUUUUGUCAAAUAACCGACUCAAUGGGCCUAUUCCAGCUUCUUUGUGUGAUGGACAAUCAAAAGGAUUGCUUGAGUUGAGAGUGGACAACAAUCCGGAUAUAUGUCUCUGUCAUAGUACAUGUCAAAUUGGCAGCAAAGGAAGGAAGCUUGCUACAUUCACCAUUGUGCUGAUCACUGUCAUCCUGGCGCUGAUUAUACUGCUGCUCCUAUCACUGCUUUUAUUCUUCUCGAGGAGAAAAAAAUCUAAGACAAAAUUAUCACCGCCAAUUCAAGACUCGCUUGCUAUACCCGAAACCCAUAGAUUUACAUAUGAUGAAUUGAAGGCCAUCACCAACAAUUUUGAUCUUGUACUUGGAAAGGGGGGGUUUGGGAAUGUUUACCAUGGUCGAUUGCAUGACGGCACUGAAGCUGCAGUAAAACUUUUGCACUCACAUCGGAUGGUCAAUGGGACAUCAUCUGAGGAGUCCAUGUCUGCAAAUUCUGGCUCCAGAUCACAUGGGCUGAAAGAGUUUCAAGCCGAGGCUCUUCUCUUAUCGAGGGUCCAUCACAGGAACUUAGUGUCUUUGAUCGGGUACUGUAGAGACAGCAAUCAACUUGGACUUGUUUAUGAAUAUGCUGCUCGUGGAAGUCUUAGAGAUCAUCUUUCAGAUAAAACUGGAAAUAGUCAAACAUUGAGUUAGGAGAGAAAGAAUUCGGAUAGCAGUGGAAACCGCACAAGGUCUGGAGUAUCUACACAAGGGAUGUGUGCCACCUAUGAUCCAUAGAGAUGUGAAGACUAACAAUAUCCUCUUAACACAUGACUUUGAGGCAAAGGUAGCAGAUUUUGAGCUGUCAAAGCCUUUCCUGACCGAUGCCCAGACUCACGUAUCUACUGAUGUUGUGGCUGGCACUCCAGGAUACAUAGAUCUCGAGCAUGUUUUCUACUUCACAGAAGUUUGCCAGAUAAUAAUAAUAUUUGCAGUGUGAAUUGCUCAGGAUUUCCUUGAUUGCCCCUCUACUGACAAGUCGGUUUAAUUUGUUUUAUAGAGAACUUAAGAACUACUUUGGCAACUAAAUAAUAUUUGCAGUGUGAAUUGCUCA